CUACAUCUAGUGAGGUCAGCUGACAUAACUUUCUUAAUAUCUCCAUCGCAAAUCUAUUCUGCUAAAAUUUCUUUUACACAUCUAAACUUUCAACUUAAACGAGAUACGUAAUGGGACGAACUGAACCCUCGAUCGGUAGGCCGCCCGCUAGCUUCCGUCGCGAUGCCCGCGCGAAAAGGGCCAAAGCAACUAUUAAUAAGGUCAUACCGCCCUUGCUGGCGGCGCAUCCGCGGGCUCGCCGGGGAAUCGAAGCUUCGGAGCUGAUUAUCGAUCCCCCUUCCCUUUCCCCGCCAUCGUCUACUCAAGCUCUCGGAGUCGGGACGCAACGGAGCAUUAGUCGGGAACCUGCCGCGGAUGGAAAUCAUGACGGGGGUGAAGAACUAGGAGAGAAGGACGAAGGCAAAGGCCCCCGUAUCUCGCUGCGCGUCGCAGAUACCCUAGCAGUGGCAUACUCACUGCUCCUCGUCCCUAGCCAUGAACCAGAACAGCGACGAGAUCUCUCCAACAUGACAGCCCGUGUUGGCGUGUUGAACAUGGCGUCACCACUAUCCGGAGGUGGUGGUUUUCUAAACGGCGCAUCGAGCCAGGAAGAGUCGCUAUGCAUGCGCUCGACGCUUCUCCCGUCUUUGCGUGACGAGUUCUACCGUCUUCCCGAGCUCGGCGUUGUCUUUACGCCUGACGUGUUGGUGUUCCGUGGUUCUGGUAGCGAGCCGCAGUGUAAAAAAAAGAGGAGCGGGAGCGGGGAAAAGGUAAGAGAUGAUGAGGACGAAGAUGGAGAUGAGAUAGGGGUGAGAGAUGCAGGGGCAGGGCGGGGAGGCGAAGGGGAAGAGCUCUUAUCGAAGCGCGACCGUUGGUUCAUCGACGUCGCGUCCGCGGCUAUGAUGCGAAUACCUGAAAUCGAGGUCGACGAAGACUCUGGAUUUGCCCGGUACGCCAGCGCCGCAGACCGCGAACUAGCCGUGCGUAAGAUGCGCGCCGUGCUACGUUUAUUUGCCGCCAAGGGAGUGCGCCGGGUUGUGUUAGGUGCAUGGGGAUGCGGCGCAUACGGCAACCCGGUCGGCGAGAUCGCGAAAGCGUGGCGGAAAGUCUUGGCUAGCGGGAGUAGAGAUGGGAAUAAAGGAGAGAAUGGUCAACGGAAGAGAAAAGGGAAGGAGAAGAAAAAGGAGUCGGAUUCUGAUUCAUGGGAAUGUUUCGAGCACGUCGUCUUCGCGAUCAAAGACAAGGGGAUGGCACAGGCAUUUGCAACGGCAUUUAGUGAAGAGUUUCUCGAAAUAAAUAAUUCCGAAGGGGGAGAAGGCAAUAUUGACAGUGAGGAUGGUGGUGACGAAGAAGAGGAUGUCAGUAUAAAAGAACUCCGUGAUAAAAUCCGGGAAUUAGAAGUACGUGCCGGACAGGCACAGACGUCUCAACUCAGAGCCGGGCUUAGUUCCGUGCUCGCUGGGUUGAGAAGUCAAUUACCAGACUCUGAUGAUAUUUCAUCCCGGGCGGGCCCUGUAGGCAGUAGAAGUGUCAGGGAUGACGAAAGUGAGAGCGAGGGCGAUGACGAGGCCUCCAAAGGAAAGUCGGAGAACGAUGAAAAUCGAACCGGGCAUCAUAACGCGAGUUAAAAUUUAAAACGACUUAUUUGAACAUUCACCUGCUAUUCUAUAAAUGUCUUAUGAUAUGACUAGUAUAAGACAAUAGUCAUGCUCAGAUGAGACAUAGUGGAAAGUAAAACCUGGUCUGAGAAUGUCAUCAAAUAAGUUCAUUGGAAUUCCACCUUGUAACUACCUAAUCCCCUGUCGGAGAGAGUCGAAU